AUGACCACACCAGAGACCGGUUGGCCCACCAGCACCUCUGUCCCCGAAACCAUCAAACCGCUCCUAAACCGCUUUUAUGAGCUGGGCGAUUCGAAAUCCGCAGAGGCAGCCCGUCGACGAGGCAGCAAAGUCUUUUACCCCGACGGGUAUAUUGUGAUGAAUAAGCGGUCCAUCAGGGAGAACGGAUGGUGGCUAUAA